UGCACCCGGUCGAGACGUACGGUGGCAUCCGUUCGGGCAUUAGGUGACGCAUCAGCGCAAAAUGGCCGCAAGUGUAGUGCAGGAAGCGGGCAGAUACCGGCGGGUACCGCCCGAAGGUGGCUGGGGUUUGCUGGUUGGCGUGGGCAUGGCCAUGAUGUUCGUCGUGACGCUCGGUUCGCUGCCCUCGUUCGGGCUGAUGUUUGGUGACUUCCUGACCGAGCUGGGCGAGGAGACGAGCGCGAUUGCGCUCAUCACGAGCUGCUUCUUCAGUGCGCUCAGCUUUGCCGGCCUGUUCACCAACACGCUGAUGAAGAAAACGUCCUGCCGGACGGUCGGGCUAAUAGGGGCCGUGUCCUACAUCAUCGGCAGCAUGAUGACCAUCUUUGUGCGCUCCACCAACGAGCUGCUCAUCUCGUUCGCCGUCUUUCAGGGCGCCGGGUUCGGGCUGAUGAUUCCGGUGUCCUACACGACGUUCAACGCCUACUUCGUGGAGAAGCGGGUGGUGAUGAUGAGCGUGGCCCAAACCCUGAUCGGGCUCGGCACCAUGUUCUAUCCCAUCUUCAUCCAGCGGUCGAUGGAUGCGUUCGGCUUUCGGGGCUGUAUGGCGGUGCUGGCAGCGGUCAACAGCCACACACUGGUUGCCAUGCUCGUGAUGCAUCCGGUCCGGUGGCAUAUGCGGCGUGUACCGGUCGACGGUACUUCCCGCGUCGAGUACGGCCCCGUCCCCACUACGGCAACGACGACCGGCGCAGAGGAAGAGCGGCCGACGAAGACGGAGGAUGACUUCCAGGAGCUGCCGGCCGGACAGGGGCUGUGCCAGCGGAACGCCAAACUGAGAGGAUCCCGGCGGGCGUCAUCGAUACCGGGGCUGGGCAAUUGGUCCGGCCCGGUCGUCGUUAGCGACAGCACGGAACGUGACACCAAGCCGGCGACCAAGUGGCAAAUCCUGGUCGACUUCCUUGACCUGACGCUGCUGAAGGAUCCAAUUUACGUCAACAUCGUACUCGGCAUCUCGUUCGCUCUCUACUCCGAUUUGGCCUUCUUCACCUUGCAGCCGAUGUACCUCUUCAUGCUGUCGUUCAGCAAGUCGGACGUUUCGCUAAUCAUCGCCAUCGGUGCCGGAGCGGAUCUAAUAUCGCGCAUCUUCCUGGCCAUUUCGAGCACAUGCUUGAACAUUAAGGCCCGCUACGUCUAUCUGGCCGGGGCGCUCUUUACCAUUGUGGCACGUUUCGGAUUUUUGUGCGUAUUCGAUUUCUACGGUAUGGCCAUCGUAACCGCCAUCAUGGGCUUCCUUCGGACCUGGAUCCACGUGCCGCUUCCGCUCGUGUUUUCCGAAUAUUUGCCCCAGGAACGGUUUCCUUCCGGCUACGGAUUGUUUAUGUUUCUGCAGGGAAACAUAACGUUUGCGAUCGGACCGAUAGUGGGCUACAUCCGUGACGUCACCGGAAGCUACACCGUUUCGUUCCACUGCCUAACGCUCGUGAUGGCGCUCUGCGUGAUACCGUGGUUCUUCGAAAUCUGCUACUACCGGUUGAAGCGUAAGGCGCGAAAGGCAGAACCGGUGCAGAACGUGACGAUACCGAUGAUACAAGAAACGAAGGCGUGAUGAGCGCGAACGCGGAGAGUUGCUUUGGUCCAAGGGCUCGAUCGAAGCACUGGUUUCUGUGCACGACUUUGCUCAACGAUUUACUGAUAUUACGCAAGGGUAAUUUAAAGUGUUUCAGUAAGGGAUAAUAUACAUAUAAGCUGCGUACAAGCCAGUUGACUUGUUUUCCUCCAUUUUUUCCUCAGACAAUAGUCUCCGGAACUGAAUGUUGAAAUGUUUCAUCGUAUGCAACUUGCGUACAAGUUGUGGUUUAACGAUGCAUUGCCAGAACGCAGUCAUUUCUUAGCCGCCUGGGAAGCGUAUUGCGUGCAGCCUUGCACGCUUGAACUAUACUCGCACAGUGGGCAAAACGUGAAACCUUGGUUUCUGUAAGUUCCUGAAAUAAGGUUAUCCGAUUUUUACAGACGAUAAAAUGAAUCCCCUCACUUGUUUUGCCUAGAAAAAUAUAUUCAAGUAAUGUAAAGAAAUAAAUUUGAAGGACAAAUUCAAACCAUCCUUCCUCAACACAUUACGACCCUGUGUAACCCUUUACAUAUUGGUUUAUGGUUGGUCUAGCUGCGAUUUUGAGCCAAGUACGUUGGCCAAUUAGACCGGGUACCGAGCCAUUGAUUCUCUCAUCUCAAACGUAUGGAUAUCGACCAAACUAAUGCUCCUACCACCUCAUAAGAAUAUACGAAUAGCACAUCCCAUUAGGCCUUCCAACUGUCGCAUUAUGUCUUGUAGAUCAAUUAUCUUUCUUCAACAUAAAUAUUAACUUGUGGAUUAUAAAACAUUCAACACA